GAUCACAUAAGUAAACAACAAUACAAAGUGGAAUAUCACGUUUUUCCUGACCCAAACGUGAACAUCUCCACAAGGGAACCAAACACUCUCAAUAUUCGACUCGUUUGCUUCUUCAUCUUACUGCUACAGGCGACGAUUUUCAAUGACGAACUUGAAGCCGGAUUCUCCUCUUCUUCGUCGCAUCGUCCUAUCUUUCCUCGAUUUCCUCAAUUCUGUUGAACCUACCUCCGAUAGUGAUGCUGAAAGUCUUGAGGUUGCAAAGGACUGCUUAUCCGAGGUUUUCAAGAUUGAUUCAUCAUCUACUUCCAGUCUACCAAAAUCUGAUUCUCUCAUUGAGAUUUUCAAAUCACAAACAGGAAAGAAUGAGAUUAAGUCAGAUAAAAACCAUGAGGAACCUCAAGCAGAUAUAUCCCAUACAUCGUGCACAAAUAAUAAUGUGGAUACUAAAAUUCCUGGGACAUCACAAUCUCUGAAUGACACCAACAAAGGGGAUACUGAAACCAUAGGUGUACGUGAACGUGAGGAUGAACUUUUUGGUCAAUUCUUUAACUCCCUUGAAAAGGUUCAUUAUUUUGGGACUACACCCAAUGGAGAUGAUGAACAAGCACUCGAUAGAGCUACGCAUUUGUUUCAUAAUGCUUUAACGGAAAUGAAAAAAUCUGGAUCCGAAGAAUUUGAUCUUAAAAAAUUAGCUGAUACCUUCAAAUUACAAGGUAACAAGGCUAUGCAAUCAAAGUUGUAUUCUGGUGCAAUUGAGCUUUACACCAUUGCUAUAGCACUUUGUGAUGAUAAUGCUGUUUAUUAUUGCAACAGGGCAGCAGCUUACACCCAAACGAACCAGCAUACAGAAGCAAUUGAUGAUUGCCAUAAAGCAAUUGAAAUUGAUCCAAAUUACAGCAAGGCUUACAGUCGUUUAGGGUUUGCUUAUUAUGCUCAAGGCAACUACAGGGAUGCUAUUGAUAAAGGAUUUCUAAAAGCUUUGCAAUUGGAUCCGAAUAAUGAAUCUGUAAGAGGAAAUAUUCAGGCAGCAGAACAGAAACUCAGAGAAGAACAACAAAGAGCCAAUCGUGGCCAGAAUUCAAAUUCAACAAGUCAUUCAAAUGAAGAUCAUUCUGGUGGUUUUGCAAGGGGGAGUGUGCCAAUUCCACCUUUUCCAUCCAUGCCAUUUAAUGUGAAUGUGAAUGGUCAACCUUUUGACAUGGCAAACAUGUUUAGGAACAUGGCUCAGAGUGGAAUGGGAAAUCCAUUUCCCAAUUCCAAUUCCAAUUCCAAUUCCAAUGAGCCAGGAAUAAGAGUAGGAGUGAAUGUUGGAGGAGAACAAAUGCAAAUGCCGGAGGAGAUUCUAAGAUCUGUGUUUGAGGUUUUGUCUGAUGGAACAACAUCGCGUGUUAAUCCACAAGACAAUCCCAAUGGAAACUAGCUAUACAGACUUUGGAGGAUAUGUUGAGAAUUUGUGUUGGUGGGGUGUGAGUUAGAUUUGAAUAUAUGGGUUAGGUUUUACCUUUUCAAGUAUUUUUUUAAAAAAAAGUGUUGCUAAAUUUUGGUGAUUGUUGCAUAUGGUUGAUAUAUGGGAUUUAAUGAGUGGUGUCCAACAUUUUCCUUCAUACAUUACCAUGAAAACACAUGACAUGAUUCAUUUUCAAGAAAUUUGAGGCAAACUUUCCAGA